AUGAUAAAUGAAGAUGACUGCUGCCCUCACUCAGCUUUGGCGUCUGCCAUUUAUGUGGAGAUAUCGUUUGAGGCGACAGUUAAUGGAAGUAACUGUGGUGUUGCUAUUGAUGACAUUGUCGUUAAAAACGGUCAUGUAUUACCUCCUGACCCAACCACGCGAUCGCCUAUUACUACUACCAUUCAAGCACCUUUAAGUGGAUCGGGUCAACCCAAGGAUGUAAUAGCAACAACCUUUCCGGAAGCAAAACAAGAUCACCAUACAAUGUGGAUUCUGAUUGCCAUUAUUAUCGCUCUUGCUUUCGUAAUUAUUGUCGGCCUUUCGGUUCACUGUUGUAUAUACAGAAGGAAUCGUUCGCACAAAAAGGCUGACGAGGAAUCGGUUGAUGCCGAUGCUAAAAGGAAGCGAUUUCAGGAAUCGAAGUCCGGAGGUUUAACAACCUCCGGCUACAUGACACUGACCAAGACAAAAUCGUAUGACGUCACUAAUACUGCUGAUUUAGGCGCGAUCGAUCUAACAAUUACGUCACCAAAACCAGGAACGAUAACUUUUGGUAAUGGGAAGUCUUUACCUCGUCUCCCCUCACUACCUGACGAAGCUAAAAAACACCGGCAUAGUAUAAAUAUGGAUGUGACAUAUGAUUAUGUUGACGAUGUACCUGCUGAUUCCAAUUUACCUAGAAAUUUAUCUGAAGAUCGAACCUUAUCUAAAGAAGAUUCUACAGUGAAUGCAAUUUCAACUGAUCACACACAAGAGUCACUGGACCCGCCUGUCUAUUUCACACUUUCACCAACAGACCAGGGUUAUUCUCACCUAUCCGAAUAUAGUACAAUGCCAGAUGUGGUGAAAGUUGCAGACGAUAGCGGAUUGAACUAUAAACCUAGUUUGGUGGCAAGAAACGUAAGCGGUCGUCGAAAAUCAUCGUUAUCGUCAUUGAGAGAAAAACUUAGUAAAGGGUUGUCAAAUGCGUCAAACGAAUACGAAGAGCUAAAAAGUGACGACUAUUAUGAGGAAGUUAAUGUGGAGUGUCAACUGUAGAUACACUAAGUGCAAGUGCACUCUCGCUUUCUUUCUAUGUUUACGUUUUAACUGAAACAAAUCGUUAGCGACAUGUAGGCCUAGCAUAGGCCUAUGCCUAAUCUUGGCUGUGAAUUUUCAGGUUCUCUCUGGCCACUAGCUAUACUACGCAAUGCCGUAUCCAGGAUUUUCAAACGGUGCGAGUCAAUAUCGGGGUGGACCCACUUUACGUGUACAUUCAAAUAAUGUGGACCCAUUAUCUUAAAAGUUGAUUCAUUUUACUCAACAAAUAUGAAAAAUGCAAAUACAAAAUUAUGCAAAAUAAAAGAAAUCUGGACCCCCUUUUUCAAAAGCGGACUCAUUUUUUGCAUAAAAAAAACAUAAUUUAGACCCAUUUUUAAAAAUGUGGAC